AUGCUAGAUGGUACCAUAUCUCAGACUGGUUGCAUUUGGCACCAGGUUCAACUUGCAGUCUUGGCCAAUGGCCAUCCCCACAUUAUCCCUUUCCUUGUUUGCCCCAUAGGCAACACACCUGCAAUUCUAGGCAUGACAUGGCUGACUAUGGAAUCCCCUCUUAUUGAUUGGCAACAGGGACUGGUCACCUUUCCUGAACAGGUACAAAUUGCCAGCAACACACCUGCAAUUCUAGGCAUGACAUGGCUGACUAUGGAAUCCCCUCUUAUUGAUUGGCAACAGGGACUGGUCACCUUUCCUGAACAGGUACAAAUUGCCUCCAAAGAGGAAGCAGACCCGGACCCCUUAGUAGACCUACCCCCUCAAUAUCAUGAAUUUGCCAAGGCAUUGAAGCAGCACAUUGAUGAGGAACUGGCAACGGGCAACAUUUGCCCCAGCACCUCAUCCGCCGGCGCUCCAGUCAUGCAGGACAACCUCAUGGCCAAACUCAGGCAUGCCAAAAUCUUCACCAAAUUGGACUUGCGCUGGGGAUACAAUAAUGUUUGGAUCAAGGAAGGCAAUGAAUGA